AGUGAACGAUAUUUUUUAUCGCAAGACAAACAAUCGGCUGUAACUAUGUCAGGAGGUGCGUUAGCUUCAUACUCGCCUUCUAUCAGUUGAGGUGUUGCCAACUGGGCUAGUUCACACACACACACAGUGUACACAGAGCUCCCGGACAUGACACACGCGGAGGAGACAGUCUCGGUGUUGCUCCUUCUGGUGUCCGUGAUAGCCCAAGUUGACGGUGCCGUACAGGAUAACAACGUUUCCCUGAUUCUCGGGCCCGACCCUCACACCGGCCUGGUCCAGAUCACGCACGCAGGGAGAACGGGGCUGGUGUGUGAUGACGGCUUUGACGUUCACGCCGCUGAGAUCGCCUGCCGUCAAGCAGGCUACCCGACAACUAACCCCAGAAUAGAGGUUGCCGGAAAGUUCCAUGCACUUCCGCCAUCGAUGACGUACAUUCUUGACGAAAUUAAGUGUUUCGGGAACGAGGCUACCCUGUCCAACUGCCAACACGACCCAUGGUUUGUGGAGGACUGUGGGUCGGGAGAGACGGUCGCCGUGUUCUGCCAAGAUAACCCGUGCAUGAGUAGCCCCUGUCGCCAUAACGCUUCCUGUACCGAGGUCACAACUCUCAACUUCCUGUGCUCGUGUACUUCCGGCUAUACCGGUAGUUUAUGUGAAUCAGAUAUUGACGAAUGUACUUUACAAAAUGGCGGAUGUAGCCACAGCUGUGUGAACGAUAUUGGCAGUUAUCAUUGUGAAUGCCCGGAUGUGGAGUUAGACCUGUCAACAGAUCACCACACGUGUGUCGCCACCGGUGAGUCCGUCAGUUGCACCUCUCAGGCCAUGACCAUCACUUUCGACAAGGGCCACUUCCCAGGACUCCACGCCCAGCAUGUCACCCUGACCGACCCCACCUGUCGCGCCACCAGCAACGGCACCCACGUGAUGAUAACCGCACCCCUGGGGGCCUGUGGGACAAAAUCCUCUAAUCUGGGUGGGAAAAUCAUGUAUGAAAAUGUCGUGAAAUCUCGAGAAGAGGUAAUCGAUGGCGUGAUUUCACACGUCCGCGACAUCGAGGUUCCGUUCCAAUGCAUCGUGCCACUCUCUGAGAACCUGGAAGUCCCACUUCGUGUUGACAGGGACGUCCUCACAUUCUCAGCGGAAGCAAGGGGACAGUUUGAUACCAGACUGGAAUUAUUCCAAGAUGGGACUUACCAACAGGCUGUUUCCAACUCUUUCUUAGCGACCCCAGGUGAGGCCAUGCACGCACAGAUUUUCGUCUCCUCUAACGGAAGUGACGUGACGCCAUUUCCGGUCCGAUGUAUUGCGACGCCAACGCGCAACAUAUCCUACAACGUGUACGAUCUUAUCGAUAAAGGGUGCGCGAUUGACACGACCUUGACCUUCCACUCAUCCAAUGAUGACGCCAAGGUACAGUUUUCAUUUGAAGCUUUCAAGUACCUAGACAACUCCCCAGCCGUGUUCCUUCACUGUGACGUCACCAUGUGUUUGACGUCAGACAAAACGUCACGUUGCAGUAACAAUUGUUCAGCAACACAUCGAAGUAGACGUUCCUUACGAUACAGCAGCGACAAGGGAGACAAUCAAUGGCCUGGCAGUAACGGAGCGUUACCCAUAGUCGACGAGUCAUCGCUCAGUCAAUCAACAACUGUUCUAACCACGGGGAUUGUGACGUCGCUUUUGUCCUUGACCUUUCUGUUGUCUGUGUUUGUAAAACAUCGCUACGUCAAAUCUUCACAGAAACACGUGAUUUAUCAACCAUACAGUUCUGUGUGGACGUAAAUAAACAGUUCAACCAAUCUCCAAAAA